AUGACUCCAUCUGACACCGCCAAGACCUAUAUGAUAUCAUUUGUCACCGCCAAGACCUGCAUAGCACCACCUGACGCUGCCAAGACCUGCGUGACACCAUCUUACACCGCCAAGACCUGUAUCAUAUUAUGUGACAUCGCCAAGAGCUGCAUGGCAUCAGCUGACACCACCAAGACCCGCAUGAGAUCAUCUGACAAUGUCAAGACCUGCAUGACACCAUCUGAUACCAUCAAGACCUGCAUGAGACCAUCUGACACCAUUCAGACCUACAUGACACCAUCUGACACCGUCAAGACCUACAUGAAAUCAUCUGACACCACCAAGUCCUGCAUGACACCAUCUGACACCACCAAGACUCGCAUGAGAACACAUGACACAGUCAGCACCAGUAGUAUCACUCCAUGA